AUGCCUUCACACUCUGCGACUGGUGCGACUCCUCUCCGAAUCACGAUCGUGGGCGCCGGGCUCGGUGGCCUCGCUGCUGCCGUGGCCCUGCGGCAGAUCGGGCACAUCGUGCAGGUGUUCGAGCGGUCGGAGAACAAGACCGAGGUCGGCGCGGGACUGGGGCUGCAGCCCAACGCAAUGCGCGUGCUGAGGCAUCUCGGCGUCCAGCAGGAGAACUUGAAAGGCGUGUACAUCCAGGGACUGGUUGGUUUCGAUAAUGUUACUGGAGAGGGAAACGAGACUGAGCUUGCGCCAAACGCGGAGCGUGUAGAAGACGAGGCGAGUCUCUCUCUCCUCUAUCAACACCAGGGCGCUGAUGAUGCGGCAAACGUGCAGUGGUUGCUAGCGUGCCACAGGACCGACAUAUACGAAGAAUUCAAGCGCAUCGCGCUCGAGCCGAAAGGCGAUGUUCCCCCGGUGUCACUGCGCUUCGGCUGCAAGAUCGUAUCCUGCUCGCCGGAAGAGGGCGACGUGGUACUUGAGUCUGGCGAGACAGUGCAUGCGGACCUUGUCAUCGGAGCAGAUGGGAUUCAGUCGCUCAUCCGGACGCAUGUGCUAGGCUAUGUCCAAGAAGCCAACCCCACCGGGAUCGCUUGCUGCCGCACGGUGUUCAAGGCACCCCCGAAGGACGACAGCUUCUCGGGUCUGGAGUGGUUCACCGAGGGCAUCGUGGGCGUCCGUGCCGUCUACUCGAAGGGCCUCCCUUUCAGGUUGAUCCUUUGCUAUCCGUGCAGAAAUGCAGAGCUCAUCAACUCGGCCCACCUCUAUUCGGAGACAGAGGACGAGAAGAAUGACGCCUCGCACCCGGUCUCGACUCCGACGAUCAGCCCAGCAGAGGUGCGCGCCAAGUUCGCCGACUAUGAUCCCAAGUUCCACCGCCUUCUCGACCUGCCGAACCACACCGGCCGGAUCUAUCGCUGGCGGCUGCGCACGGUGCCCGCGCUACCGACGUGGUACAAAGGGCGCACCGCGAUCCUCGGCGACGCAGCUCACGCGACGCUCCCCUUCCUAGCCCAGGGCGCGGCCAUGGCGAUCGAAGACGCGGGAGUCCUCGCGAGCCUGCUGCCUCUCGGCACUACGCGCGAAGACAUCCCUGCGCGGCUGGCGGUGUGGCAGGACAUCCGCAAACCGCGGGCGGACUACGUCAACAAGACGUCCGUGGAUCAGGUGGAUGCUAUCCUGGCGGGGCAGCAUAGGCACGUGCACGUCCGGGGUGUUACGCAUAACCAGUUGGCCGGAUACGAUGCAAUUGCGGCUGGUCGACAGGCCUAUCAGGACAAGUUUGCUGGCGGGGAGGCUGCCUAGAUCUGAAGGUAGAUUGCGAAUGUUCAUUUUGCCUUCUAGUUUAAUGCAUGCUCCGCAUUCAUGAUUGGUGCCACU